AUGCCAAAAGAAUUUUCAUUGGAGUUCAAACAAAUGGCAUUUUCGAUAAUCGAUUUUGUCGAAAAAGAAAAAUAUGGCCCAUCAAUAGCUCUUAAUAAUGUUACUGAUCGUCUCCAAGCAAUACUUGGCAUCUCCGAAAGAUCAGUCUACCGAUUAAAACGUGAAAUGAAAAAAUUAAAGGACGAACAAGAAGAAUCUGUUAGACACACGCGUUCAUCAAGUUCUUCGUUGUCUCCAAAGUCACUGUCACCAGUAAGACGUCCAGGUCGUCCGAAAGUACAACUAACAACUCUUGAACAAGAUACAAUUAGAUUAACAUUUCAUAAUAUAUUGAAAGAUAAAACUUACCCUACUGUUGAAAAUUUAUUAUCUACACAGUUAAGUCAAUAUCCUGAAUUUCCGAUAAAAUCAAAAACAUCAUUGCGUCGCGAAAUGAAAAUACUGGGGUUUAAGUGUAGAGAAACCAAAAAAUCAAAGAUUUUAAUGGACUCAGUGGCCUUUCAAGCUCAACGUGCUGUGUACUUUAGAAAAAUCGAUCAAUUGCGAUCAAUGAAUUCUUUAUUGUACUAUCACGAUGAGACAUGGUUAUGUAAAAAUGAAGAAAAAACAAUUGUAUGGUUUGAUGAUAAAGGAUAUGGACGUCUUCGAAACAAUGUAGGAAAAGGUGAUGAGUAA